GCCGGGAACACCGAGCCGAAAUACGUUUCUGGGCGGUCUCAAGCUCUCACGCACCAUGGCGUCCACCGUCCAGCAGGCUGCUCAGCCGGGCGGCGGGAAGCGCAAAGGCAAGGCUCAGUACAUGCAGGCCAAACGGGCUCGGCGCUGCGACGGUGGCGGCCCCCGGCAGCUGGAGCCCGGUCUCCAGGGCAUUCUCAUCACCUGCAACAUGAACGAACGCAAGUGCGUGGAAGAGGCCUACAGCCUGCUCAAUGAAUACGGAGACGACAUGUACGGCCCGGAAAAGUUUCUAGAAAAGGAUCAGCAGUCUUCUGAAAGUGACGGAGAAGAUGAUGACGUGGAGGCUGCUUUGAAGAAAGAAGUUGGUGACAUCAAGGCAUCUACAGAAAUGAGACUAAGAAGAUUCCAGUCAGUGGAGAGUGGAGCAAAUAACGUGGUCUUCAUCAGGACACUUGGGAUAGAACCUGAGAAAUUGGUGCAUCAUAUUCUCCAGGAUGUGUACAAAACCAAGAAAAAGAAGACUAGAGUUAUUCUACGAAUGUUACCCAUUUCAGGCACAUGCAAGGCCUUCUUAGAAGAUAUGAAAAAGUAUGCAGAAACAUUUUUGGAACCCUGGUUUAAAGCUCCAAACAAAGGGACAUUUCAGAUUGUAUAUAAAUCUCGAAAUAAUAGUCAUAUGAAUAGAGAAGAAGUUAUCAAAGAAUUGGCAGGAAUUGUGGGCAGCCUCAAUUCGGAAAAUAAAGUAGAUCUUACCAACCCACAGUACACAGUGGUAGUAGAAAUUAUUAAAGCUGUCUGUUGCUUGAGUGUUUUGAAAGAUUAUAUGUUGUUCAGAAAAUACAAUCUCCAAGAGGUAGUGAAGAGUGCUAAAGAUCCGCCACAGCUGAAUCCCAAACUGGCAGCAGAAGCAGAAAAUGGGAAAGAAGCUAAGUUGGAAUUUGAUGACAAGUCAAAUCAAAAUGACCUUCCAGAAGCCAAAGUUACCCAGCAGGUGGUACCAGAGAAUAACGAGGAGGAGGUGGGGCAGGAGCAGCAGCAGACAAAACCAGCAUCUGAAAUGCAGAUGGUAAACGAGGGAGAAGACACACCUGAACAUGCAAGUCAAGCCGCUGAAGGAUCCAAGUCAAAUGAAAAAGAGCUGUCUUAGGAGAAUGUCGCCUGAGGUUGAAGGUAGGUGUCUCAAGUAGGUUUCUAUGAGACAUUACUGGAAUUCUAUCGUGAAUUGCGACUGAAAAUAGUGUAUUUGAGCUUUUGUGUGCUGCACACUGCUGUGCUUGGCAGCAAGCAAUAAGGGAGCCAGGGAUGGAGCAGCUGUAACAGUUCUGUUAGAGAUCUCAGCCCUGUGUGACACUGGUGGGCACUCUUGUAUGGAAAGGAAGGUUCUCCCUUCUUACCUCUCCUAGUCUUCCCUUAGGCACUUCCAGCUGACUUAUGGGGGCAAACCAGCUCUGAAAUAGAAACUCCAGAGGGAAAUGUUUAUUCCAGAGAAGGAAAUUUUUACAUGUCAGAGCGUAGCUAUUUACUGCCAAAUUACACAAACAUAGGUAUAUAUUUUGGAAGUGAAUUGCUUAGCGGUGUUCUUAUUUCUCUACAUUAUUAUCUUUAUGCCAUAUAUUAACAUUUGUUUGUUACAAACAAAUCUUCAGAGUUCAUUAUAAUAGUGUGGCAAAGAACAUUUCUUUACAGUGAAAGCUGUGUCUUAGUUGUAUCUGGAUUCGUAAUACAAGGUGUCCAAUUCCAUUUUUUCUUUAGAGAGUGAGAGACAGGGAAAGAGAGAGAAAUAAAGAUACCACAGCACUACUACACAGUUUGUGAAGCUUCCCUUUUGCAUGGUGCUCCCCUAUGCUGACUAGGGACUUGAACCCAGGUCCAAAUCCAUGGUAAAAAUGUAUGCUCAGCUGGGCCAGGCAUCUUUAGCUCACCUUAUUUUAAGUGGUUCUCACAAUAUCAAAACACUUUUUUUAGAAAAAAAAAUCACAUUCAGUGAAAAAAUGUAGGAAAUGAAAGUUUCAGUGGGAUUUAUUUGAGAGAAGUGUACAGAGUUAGUGACAGGAUAAGAAUACCAACAUCCAAAUGCUAGGUAGGACCAGAAACCAGAAAAAGUCUACUGUCAGUAAGUUGAUUUACUAACUGAUAAGUCAGAUGAUGCUAACAAAGUUCUUUGUAAUUAACAAAGGGGAAGUUAGAGCACACACAAGAGAGUUGUUGAUGUAAAAAUAACCUUGAGAUGAAGGAAGCUCUGAUAGUGCUACAAAAUUGCCCCCCAUUUUUUUUUUUUACAAUGCUUUAAUGAAAUCCAGAAAACUGAAACCUGCAUAACGUGCACAGAAAUCUGUUAGAUUUGGAAAUCCAUUAGCUUAUCAGAGGAAGAAUUCUCACUUAAGUAGGAUAUUUGAACUGGAAGGUGAGUUGCCAGGUGACAUAAAAAAAUGCUAAACCAGAUUAUGCUUUCUGCCUUGAAGAUGAAGAAUGGUCACAGAAACUUGCCUACUUAACAGCCUUUUUUAUUUUUUUCAUUUCAUUUUACCAACAAAUGGAGCAGUUUCUGUAAGGUCCUGGAGAGCAUGCUUUUUCUUAAUAGGACAGUAUUCUUAGAUUUAAAAGGAAAUAGAGUGAACUCUCACACUGCCACAGUGAACUCUGGAAAGGUUUCCUCGGCUACCUGGACUUGAGACUGUUUUUGAACAAGGGCAACAACAGAUCUCAAGUCUAACCGAAACAUUUUUUGAAGAACUGUGAAAAAUCAAGUUAAACAGCAUCUCUCUUCGUAUUUUCAACACUAGGAUAUGACUGGGUGAGGAGGCCUUUCUCUAAAUCUCAGCCCAAGAUUUUAUUUUGUAGAGAAACAACUUGAGUCCUUUUCUGAUAGUUCUGGGUUCUGAGAAAUGUGUUCCUGCAGCUUCAAGUUCAUACUCACAUAUGAGGACUUAAUUGGAAAGUUUUUUUCAUGGUUCUCUCCAGGAUAAGACUACUGGAGUUAGACACCAGUAAGGGUUGCAAAAUAUGUCCAGACUGACCAUAUUAAGAAGCUGUGAAAUUUGCUUUUGGAGAUAGGCUUAUAAUUAUGUUACAUUUUCCUAAACUUCUUAGUAGAUAGACUUCUUCAAUGACUAGUGGACAUGAGAAAAUAUUUGUAUCCUCUCAGCUAGGGCUCCUGCUUGGCUUUGAGAGUGACUCAACAGUAGCCAGGCCUUUGCAAAUACAGAUGAGGCUGGGACUUUCUUGUGUAUCUUUAUCUAGGAUGUUAAUUUAUUAGGAUGAAGAUAUCUUGAAAGGAUGAUAACAUUGUUAGUAUCAGUUGGGAGAAAAUGAAAGAAAAGGUUUCCGUGCCUUCAUCAGACUUGCUGCAAGACAAAGAUUCCUUUAUUUUGAAAGUGCAAGACUCUGGGACUAAAAUUGACCUUAAGCCUACAGAACAUGGAUGCCUUUUACUUUGUAAAAGCUGCUACUAUUCAGAGAGAUUUUGAUUUUGUACUUUGUUUUUAAUUCUCUUGUGUUUGUUGAGUCCUUGGUAUGACCGUAGCUACUUUCCACCUGUAAAGUACCACAUGCUCUGUUGGAAUCUGAAUUUAUUCAUUGAAAGAUCUGCUUUCAGGUUUACUUACUGCUUUUCACUGAAAUGUGACCAUGCUAUUUUGUAAAUGAUAAAAUUCUAGGGUGGGAAUUUGAUGCUGUUUUUUGUAUUUUAUUUAUCUUAAAAUUUGUCAGAAAAAAAAUGCCUUCCUAUAAAUGUUGUCAUUUAGUAUAUUUGUUCAAAGGAAGAAAGUGUCUAGAAUUUGGUAUUCUGAAACUUGUUUCUCUAAGGCUAAACAUGAUUUCUAGACAUUAUUUUCACUCAGUUUCCUUUUGACACAGGCAAAUAUUCAGCUUGUUUUUCAUUGUUUAUAGUAUUUUCAGAAGAAUAAAAUAAACUCUAAAAUUUCAUGUUUUGUACUCUUUACUGUGUUCUGCUUCUUAGUAAUUCUCUUGCUUGUAAAUACUUUGAAAGCUGUUUAUAUGUUUGUAUGUGUGUGAGUCAUGUACAUGGUUCUAAAAAGUAAAGACAAAAAUAUAUUA